GUGCACCCCAUUGUUUUGCAGGUAGUUGACGUUCUUCCUAGAUGCGGCGGCAGUUGUCUGCAAUUUUCCAAUGUUUAUUUGGAACAGUGGAAGGGAGAUAGUCGGCCAUAUUUAAUAUUCUUUUUUUUUCGCAAUCAGAGAGAAAGCAUAAACUUCCAAGCUUGCAUGAUGUCCAGAACAAUCGGAGCUCUGACGGCUGUUGCAUUCGCGACGAGGUUUCACAAUCUGUCUAUACCAUCAUAUGUUUGUUGGGAUGAAACUCAUUUUGGAAGGAUGGCAGGAUCUUAUCUAAAUCAAACCUAUUUUGUAGAUGUUCAUCCACCCCUUGGCAAAAUGUUGUUAGCUCUUGCAGGUUUAAUGACUGGUUAUGAUGGAAUAUUUAAUUUCGAAGUCGGUGACGAAUAUUUAACAGAAGAUAAAGAAGUUCAUUAUUAUGGAAUGAGAGCAUUUUGUGCAAUCUGUGGAUCUCUUGUUAUACCUUUGUUAUAUUCUACUGUCAAAACCAUGACUGGUAGUAAUGGAGCUGCUGUUAUUACAUCAGCAUUGUUGAUUUUGGACUGUGGUCUUAUUGCUUUAUCACAAUAUAUCUUACUUGAUCCAAUUCUACUUUUCUUCUUGGCUGCUUCACUGUUUUGCAACACAAAGUAUUCUAUGGAAAAAAAAACUAAAUUUGGAAGUGUAUUUUCUUAUCAUUGGUGGAUGUUUCUUGCACUUUCUGGAGUUAGCCUAGGUUGUAUGCUUGCUGUAAAAUGGGUCGGCCUAUUUACUGUUGCAUUUGUUGGAUGCUGGACUGUAAAAGAUCUGUGGGAUUUAUUAGGAAAUACCAAGGAGAUUUCAAUGAAGGAAUUUUCAAAACAUUUUUUCGCUCGAUCGAUUUGUCUAAUAAUAAUUCCAAUAUGUAUUUAUGCUUCCAUUUUUGCAAUUCAUUACCAAGUUCUCAAUGGGACUGGAAAACAAGAUUCUGUUCAUAGCUCUGAGUUUCAAAUGUGUUUGAAAGGAAAUCGUCUAAACAAUGCAUCAAUGCCUAUCCAUGUGGCUUAUGGAUCAGGAAUUACUCUUAAAUUUCACAAGUCAGAUGCAUCGGGUCUUCUGCAUUCUCAUAACUUAUCGUAUCCAAUUGAUGUUAUGCCAGACUCUCAACAACAGGUUACUGUAUACUUUUACAAAGAUCAAAAUAAUCUUUGGGAAGUUAUAAAACCAAAUGUGACAGAAGAGCAAGAAAUAAAUGAGACUGAUAUUCUUCAAGAUGGCGACAUUAUUCGACUGCGUCACAUCCCUACAAAACUUUAUCUUCAUAGUUUUGCAAGACCUUCACCUAUAUCAACUAAUAAACAGAUCGUAUCAUGUGCCAAUGGAACAAAUGUAGAAGAUAAGUUGAAUGAGUUGUGGAAAAUUGAUGUUGUCAAGACAACCGAUAUAACCACUGGAAAAAUCAGAGUCAUUCAAACGAAAUUCAGACUGAUUCAUGUCAAUUCCGGCUGUGCUUUACACAGUAGUUUCAAGAAAUUACCGGAUUGGGCAGCAAAUCAGUAUGAGGUUGUAUGUUCCCAUCUUCAUAGAGAUUUCCAAACUGCACUCUGGAAUGUUGAAAUACAUUAUCAUCGGUAUUUACAAAAAAGUACUUUGGCAUCCUGCCAGAUGACAUUUCUGGAACGAUUUGUGGAAUCUCAUUUAGUCAUGGCAUCAAGCAAUUCUCUCAUAAAGCCUACAGCUGGAGACAUAGCAUCAAGACCAUGGCAAUGGCCUUUGAAUUACAAGGGUCAAGUGUUCUCCUUCAUGGGUGAACAAGAUUUGAGAGUGCACCUCCUAGGAAAUCCUCUCAUCUACUUCCUCAAUCUUGUGGUAAUAAUUGUCUCCCCAGUAUUCUUUGCAAUUGUUCGUAUUGUGGAAUUGAGAGAGCUAAGCAGAGUAAAAGUAGCAAGUCUAAUCCCAGAACUUUCUAUAAUGAAGAGUGAUGUCAUGAGGUUAAAUUCCCACCAUAUCUCUGCAUGUAAAUGGUAUUUAUUUGGCUGGUUUAUCCAUUACGUACCAUUUUUCCUAAUGUCACGAGCACUUUAUUUUCAUCAUUAUUACUCAGCAUUUAUAUUUAGUUGCUGUUUGAGUGGUUGUUUCCUGGACUUGUUAUUUAAUAACUGUGCCAUGUCGAUUUCCAAGGUGUUUCGUGGUUGGCUCUUGCCAUCUACAGUACGUUUUGCCAUUCACCUUAUUUUUGGGAUUUUGUUGUUGGAGAGCUUCUAUCUUUAUUCACCCUUGUGUUAUGGAAUGACUGGUCCCUUUUCCGACGAGAAGCAUAGCAUGAUGUAUGGUCUUAAAGUAUAUCAUCAUUGGGAAAUAUAAUGAGGAAUUGGAUAGUAUAAAGUCAAACUCGAGGGCAAAAAUGUACAGUGUACACAAGGAUCACGUUGAAGUGGAAUUCAUUAUUGCAGUUUAUGAACCCUUAAAGGGAAGUGCAUCUAUGCUGAAGUUAUACACAUUGUGUUAGUCCAUCAUUUUUCAUUGCCUACACUUUACUAAAUAUUUUUAAAUUAUGCUGCUAGGCUAGUCUUCUAUUCUUAUGAACUUAUACGCUCUAAAAAUCGUACUGUUUAAAAGUACUUAUUUUACAACCAUUAUUGCAAUAAUAUCCGUGUUUUAGUGAUACAAUUGCCGAGUUUGAUCUGGCUGCUUUGUGCUUGUUCGAACAUACUGUUGAAAAGUCAUCAUUUUUAUUUACCUAUAAGGCUAUAUUGCUGGCAAAUAUUAUUAUUAUAUCUCUAUCAUAAAUUUUGGUGUAUGAGCAAAUCUUUUUCACUGCGUAUCUUAACCGUACUAUUAUGUGUGAAAUUUAUGGGUGCUUGCUUUAUUUUAUUCUUGUAUGAUUGUUCUCAACAUCUUUUUUGAAUGAAUGUCCAACAGUCGGUAUAUGCAUAAACACUUCG